UUAUAAAACUUGGGGGGAUUACGAAGAGUGGCAGAUAAGGCUUUCGCCAUAUAAGCUAAUGUGCCAGGCCACAGGACAGCAGUCAAUCGAGAGACUUCGAGAAGAGCACACAUACCAUACCAUACCAUACCACACCAUACCAUACCACAACAUACCAUAGAAUGGAGCACCAUCAGAUGUAUCGGCACAAAAAGUUCGACGUGGCUCGAAAGAUUAGGAAUUGCGGCCUACUCGUCAAGGAGGAGCUAAUCUCCCGGAGCGGCACACCCUGCACCAGUCGCAGUCCAUUUGACGAGGCAAAUCAGUCCAUCAGUGUGGUAUUCAGUGACGAGGAUGCUGACUUCCCGCCACUGCCAAAGCGCCGUCGCUUGGAGUCCUCAUCCUCAAGCGUUUCCUACCACUCAGCAAGUCAAAUUACGAGCAUACCCGAGGCCAUCCAAGACAUCUUCAAGUACCACGUCAACAUGGUGCGGAAAUUUCCCAAGAAGGAGCGAUCGCCGAAGGACCAGGAGCGCCGCAACAAGAACACCAUUGCCUGCAGGAUGAGUCGGCGGAAAAAGAAGUUCGAUGACCUGCAGAUCGAGCAACAGUACAAGGAGUGCUCCACUGAGCACCUCAAGAUCGCCGAGCAGAGUCUGCGCGCCAGGGUCUAUCUGAAUCACCUGAAGCAGCUGGUCAAGCAGGAAGACCACCCGCUGGUCUCCUCCAGGAGAGUUCCGGAGGAGAAUGGCAAGAGGAACUUUAGCAUCGACUACCUGAUCGGUGGCAUUAAGCAGGAGAAUGCCUAGACAC